AUGCACUGCCUGAAUACGAACUUCACGCUAUCGUUCAACGAAGCCCCCCAAGUGAGAAACGAUGCAGGAAAGGAAAAUCUCGAUGUGAAAUGCUUUCAUUCUCUAGAAGACAUGUUAGAGAACACUAUGGUCGAUCUGGUGGUGAUUUCGACUCCCACUGAGUCGCACUAUUCGCUGACCAAGUCUGCACUAUACGCACAAAAGCAUGUUCUUUGCGAGAAGCCUUUUACCCAUACUGCCAAAGAGGCCGAUGAGCUUAUAGCUUUGGCCCGUGAACAGCAGAGAGUUCUGGCUGUAUUCCAUAAUCGUCGUUGGGAUUCCGACUUCGUUACUUUAAGCCAAUUGGUAAACAGUGGUACGCUAGGUCAAGUCAUUGACUUUGAUACUCGCUUUGAAUUAUUCCAGCCCAAGUCAAUCAUUGAUAAACCUAUGACUGUGACCAAGGCUACUUUACAGAUCAAGGCAAUUUACGAUCUUGGGACACAUCUUCUGGAUCAGGCGGUUCAGAUAUUCGGCUUGCCUGAAAGGAUUACCGGCCUUCUUGAUGAUCAAAUCGAAGAAACUGAUUCUUCUGAGUCCAGCAACAUUUUCACGGUGUUAAUGCACUACAAUAGUGGGAUUCUUGUUACUGCUAAGGCUGUUAGAAUAAGUUCGGAUAAGCCCCCACAUCGAUUCUUAGUGAGAGAAGACAAAAGAAGUUUCAAGAAGUUUUACAUGGACAUCCAGAAAGACCAUCUCAUAGCCGGAAAAAGUCCUGUCGACGAAGGAUUUGGUGAGGAGUCUGGGGAAAGAUAUGGAGUUCUUACUGCUAAGCAAAGCGACGGGUCUGUCGUUGAAAAGGUCAUCAUACCUGUUCAGCAUCCCACUUGGGCUGAGUAUUACCGCAAACUCGCUUGUACCCUGAGCGGACAAGGGACUGUGCCUGUUAGUGGCUCUGAGGCUCGUGAUAUUAUUCGGAUCAUUGAAUUGGCCGUGCUCAGUUCGAAGUUGGGGGAAAGUAUAGAGUUUUCUCCAUAG